AUGGUCGUACGUCCCUACUUUACCUCUGAUAAGCAGGUUCUGCCGUUCGAAAAGGUGAUCGCACUCGAACGCAUUGACAACUGGACAUUCCGCUCCAUCGUCAAAGCCUACUCCCCGACUGGUGGUGAGAAUGGGACGUACGGCGGCCACGUGUUUGCGCAAGCCGCAUGGGCUGCUGCCCAGACUGUCGCAGAAGGAUUUCUCAUACAUAACAUUACCGGGUGGUUCGUACUAGGUGGGAAGCCCAAUGAACACUACACCUAUCGCGUCCGAAAGAUUCGAGACGGUUACAAUUAUUGCACACGAAACGUGACCGUAAGCCAGGUUGCAGCCGACGGAGAUAUGUUCACCUGUACCUGCUCCUUCAAACGCGAAGAAAGCUCACCAUUCGAUAUGCAAGAGUCUGUUGAUCUGAAAGAGGUGUAUCGCGACGCACUAGAAGGCAAAGAAGAUGAGCCAAUGGAGCAUGCGGCUGCUCCAAGCAAUGAUUCCGAGCAUUUCCGGGAAACUUACCUUCCAGCUCAUCCCGAUCACUUUAACCCCAUCGCCGGCUUGCACAUCCGCAAGGCUGACAUGUCGAAGUACAAUCAAAGCCGUCAUCCGCUCGAUCGUAAACAGCUGACGUUUUACACGCUGCGCGGUGCACUUCCAUUACCAACCGCACCAUAUCCACCGCCCUCGGAAUCCGACCAGAAGCUCACAUUGACACGAGAGGCCAACAUGCACGCCUGUGCACACUUGUACGCAUCGGAUCGUAACUCGCUAUUCAUUGUGCCAAACCAUCUCGACCGGCCUCGGGGUUACAAACGCAUGGCAUCACUAUCUCACAGCGUCAUCUUCCAUGUCGGUAUCAAGGACCUCAUCAUGCCUAGUGAACCGCGGAUCGACCACCCGAACGCCGACGCGACAUUGUGGGAAGAUGGUCCGCUGCCACUCUGUAACCUGGAGGGACACAAGGGCAGUGAUAAGGACGGACGAAAAUGGUUUGUGCAAGAAGCGUGGCUUACUCGAGCUACGGGAGGUAGAGCGCUACAUAAUAGCCGUAUGUGGGACUAUGAGAGUGGCGUACAUAUUGCGACGACCUUCCAGGAUGGAUUGAUUAGGUUCAAAGAGGAUGCAAAAAUCUGA